AUGAAUGAAGGUUCUCUUACAAUUAAUGGAGACCUCUCGCAAAACAAGACUUCCUUUCUUGAUUUAGGAAUCAUUGCUUCAAAUAUUUCAUUUUGGUGUUCUUGUUAUGACUCGCUCAAUCACACAAGCCAAGUUCAACUUGUGCUAUAUCAAGUCACCCUCAAAUCUCCUCCACCUCCAACUUUACAACCAAAAGGAAGUGACACUUUCCAAUUCAGAGGUCCUCUCUCACUCUCCAUGUUUUUGUCUAACGAAAUUCCUUCCACUGAAGGAAUUUCACAAGAAAUUUGGUACACCUUCUCGACCUCACAAGAAAAUCCUCAAUUUCUAGUGUACGAUCCAACGACUCCAAUCAUUCUCAAAAGUGGAGACACGUGGACAGUGAGAGCAAAAACGCGAUGGAAAUUCUCUUCUGAAUUUGUUCUUGAAAGUUCACUUGUUUCGGAGACGUAUUCCAUCAUGCCACAAUGUCCUUCUCCCCAAACUUCGCCAAGUCCAGGAAUUUAUAAUGAGACCGUGUUGAAUGUGAAUUUUAGUUGGAAUGUCGUGAUGGAAAAUUCGUCACUCUAUGUGAACAUUGAUCAUUCGUUAAAUGGAAAUUUCAAGAAAUGGGAAUUUCAAGAUUCAAUAACGUUGUUAAAUGAUGGAAGAAAUCAUUCCAUUCAAGCAUUUGUGAAUGGAAGUACAUGUUCACAAAGUGAAAUACUCAAUGGAGUGUACAUUUUCAAAAAGAGAAUUCCACAACCACAAUUCAUUCCACCAAGUUCGAGUGAGGGAUUUCAACAAGGAACUCUUCUUUCAGUCUCUUGUCCUUCCAAUUAUUCUUUAACUCUCAGAGUAACUUCUUCUUCAAAUCAAUUUGUUCAACAACAAAUUUCUUCUCCAUUUCUGUUACGACUGAAUGAAAGUAUUCAAAUUGAUGCCUUUUGCAACGAAUGGAAAGAAAAUGUGGAAUUCAACGCUAACUUGUCAUCGAUUAAUCCUUCGAAUGUUGUUUCACAAAUUUAUCAAGUUUUUCGAAUUGCAAAACCUGUUAUUUCUCAAUCUUCGAAAACCAAUGUUGGAGCAUUGAACCUUUCCAUUUCAUGUUUUUCAUAUGAAUCGUCACCGUGUGGAAUUUUGUACACUUUGGAUGAGAGUAUUUCCAUUUUAGGUGAUUUCUCGGAUGUCAUGAAAAAUGGUGUGAUCUUUUCAAACGAAAGUAUUGUCAAUUUAACUCUUUCUCAUUAUGGUUUGAACUCUUUGAAAGCAGUUUCGGUGGAUUUGAAUACUGGAGCGAUCUCUCAACAAGUUGUAGAAAAAUUAGAACCAACUCUAAUGUUUUCACCUCCAUUACAAGAGGGUGAGACUCUUGCAAGUAAGAUGUUCAUUAAUUCUGUUUUGGUCAUGGUGACAUUUCCCAUUGAUGCAGUGGCAGCUGACAUUCGUAUCGAAUCUCUUUCAAGUGAUCAGAUGGCCACAAGUAUUUCAAAAACCUCCAAAAUCUCUCCAUUCACACUCACACUCGAUACCAACUGUUCUGUCUUUAUGAAUUUCUCCAAACUCCAUCAUUUACCAAGUAAGGAAUUUUCCUUUACCAUUCAUGUGAAAAAAGUUGCAAAACAACCCAUUCAUCUCUUUCCAAGUUUGCAAAUUCCAAUCACUUCAAGUCUACAACACACCUUGUAUUCGGUGGAAAUUGUCUUGUUGGUCUUGUCUCUCACAGCUCUUUCAUUGAUUAUUGGAAUCAUUGUGGUGUGUAUUAUUGUGAGAAAACGAAAAGAAAAACUUCAUCAGCAAAUGGUUCAGAAAUAUGAUUUGCAAUUUGAGAGAAUGGAUCGACAAUUUCAAUUCUUUGGAAGUGCCGAGGAGGAGGAUGUCUUUAGUGACUUGGAAGAAGCAGCAGGUGAGAAUGGAAUGGCGAGUGACAGUGUCCCCAAUCCACAACAAUAA